ACUGGGAAAAACAGAGGCCACAGUGAGCUGUGGUUUUUUUGAAGGUGUAAUGAAGUCUGUUUCUUUCAUGCCAAAUAAGCAAUUACAGACGACCCGUCAGGAAUUCAAACCCGUGACUAUCAUGGGACUCAAGACCAAGGCAAAAGAAAAAAAAAUGUUAAAAAGAUUAAGAGCCAGAGAAGCAAUCUUCACACACACAGCCAGCGAGCAAGCGAAGGACUAGCUCAUCAGGGACGGUGUCCUGUGCCGUGACCCCACAAGAUGCCACAAGAAGAGGCUCACUUCAUCUAUGGUAACCUCAGGAAGGGGCACAGUUAUUCUUACAUUACAACUGAAGAGGCUGCAGGGAUUGGCUUCCUGAUAGUGAUCCUGGGAAUUUCACUGCUCAUCGGCUGCUGGUAUUGUAGAAGACGAAGUGGAUACAGAAACUUGACGGACAAAAGUCUUCAUGCUGGAAUUCAAACUAACUUGAGAGAAAGAUGCCCAUAUGAAGGGCUUGGUCAUCAGGACAGCAAACUGUCUUUUCAAAACCAAAACUGUGAUCUUCAGAUGGUACUGGUAGAGAAGCAAUGGAACAUAAUGCUUGAAAGCACUGACUCUGGAGCCAAAUGACUGUAUUUGAGAAUUAGCUUCAUGUCUUACUGGUUGUAUGAUCUUGGGUCUCUGAGGCUCCUCCUGCUUAUGAGAAACUUUCUACAGGACCGUCACCUCCACCUUACUCACCCUGAGAGCCAGCAAAGCCAUCUGAGAAGUGCUGAAAUGCUUUCCCUCACACUUUUGCUUUAACUUACUUUUGACAUCUAAUGUUCUACUUUAAAAUGAACAACAAUGUACAUAUCUAAUAGGCCAGUGUUAAAUUCUUAACAGGACAACUAGCAGUACUAAUCAAGUGAGGAAAUGAUGAAAAAUAUUAAAAUGGAAAGGCUUCAUCAAUAUCUACUGUCUGUACUAGUAGUAAUGCUAUUAAAUCCAUUAUUUUAUGAAUAAUAGAACUCAAGUGGAUGUUCUGGGACUAUCUAAAUUUUUUUUAAAUUGAAAUUCGGCUAACUUAUAAACUUUUAUUCAGAUUUUUAAAGUAGCAACCUCUUGACCAACAUGAAAUGUACAGAGAAUUGUGGCAGGUGUUAUAGCCUGCUCACAAAGGACAUUUACAAGCUUAAAACUAAGAACUGAAGGACCUACUUAUCUGAUCUGGACCAUGUCAGCCACACCGCUUCAUAUAUAAUAAAAGAUCCCCACCUUCAGUAAUAUAUAUAAUGAAGUUAUAAUUACAUUUUACUUUAAGGGUCAAUGUUAUCAUAAUUAAGGAUAAGAAUCUUCUCUUAAACCAAAAAGUGGUUUAAGGAUUUAAAUAAGCAAAAGUCACUAAAGUUUGACUCUGUCUGUGUACAGUCUUAAGUGUCCCCAUGGCAGUUUAGCUAUUUUCAGGUUCCAGAAUCUCUCAAACAAGAACAUACAAAAGAAACCAUAAAGAAUAAGAGAUUAUUGAGCUGUAUCAUUAUUUGUAUAGCAACAGUGCAAUUUGCUUUUCUGCAUGUUCACAUAUCACACUAUUUAUUAUCUAGUUUUUUUAGUUAGCACAUUAAAUAAAACAUUUGGCCAAAAUAAAAUAAAAAAUAAAUAAAACAUUUGGUCAAAAUUUAUACCCACUACCUUAAAUGGAAAACUAGCAUCAUUUUCCAUAAACAGAGGAUAACUAUAAAAAUGAAGAUAAUAAAAGCAGAUUAUUUUUAUUAAAACCUAGGAAGACAUUGAUGGUUGUAGAAAGCUGUGAACCUGAGACCUGCUUUCUUGGCUAAAGAGGGAGAUUACCAAGAGUCAGAGAAAACUUACAGGCUGCUGUUGACAUAAUCAGAAGGUUUGCAAGUUUUAAAACAAUGGCUUUAUCACUGUGUGAUCUACUGUUAUUUAAUGCUGAGUUGCUAAACCACCUAAAAUCAUUUUGUGUCACUGGAAACAUAAGCAUAACAUUAACCAAAGAAAUUAGGCUGAAGGAAAAUAAUAAAAAAAUGACAUUCAACAAAA